AGAGAAGGUUUGUUUGUGUGCGUAGUUACGAAGUGACUGGAAGUGACGGGUGUUGGAAAACGCGUUUCGAUCAUUUCAGAUGUGUUUUUUUAGUAUAUUGCCUUACAGUCGUUUAAAAUACAUUUUGUAGAUGAGUAUUAAAUUAAUUAAAAUUAUAUCUAACCCGUAGAAAUGUAAUAAAGUGUUCCUAUUUACAUAAUAUGUCCGGAGAAUGUAAAUGAUCAGCAUGUGUCACCACUCAUCAACAAAUUUAUAGUGAAGCAGUGAACAGUCGUCAUGUGAGGAAGGUUAUGACUAUCAGUUGAAAAUCAACUUAAAUUUAGUUGGUGUUUGUGUUGUGGAUCAGUGUUAUUUAUUUUUUGGCUGGUGGGAGUGAUAAAUUCGGUCUCAAAAUGGCGGACCUCGAAGCUGUGCUGGCAGAUGUCAGCUACUUGAUGGCUAUGGAGAAAUCCAAGUGCACUCCAGCAGCGAGGGCUAGCAAAAAAAUUGUUUUGCCAGAUCCAAGUGUUCGGAGUGUUAUGCACAAAUAUAUGGAAAAGAAGAAUGAAGUUAAUUUUGACAAAAUAUUUAAUCAAGUCUUAGGUUAUUUAUUAUUUAAGGAAUUUUGUGAACAAACGUCAGAAGAACCAGUGCCACAAUUAAAGUUUUAUGAAGAGAUUAAAUUAUAUGAAAAACAAGAAUGUAUAGAAGAAAGGCGGAGGAUCGCGAGAGAUAUUUAUGACAAUUUUAUUAUGAAGGAACUAUUAGCACAUUCACACGAUUAUUCCAAGGAAUGCGUAGCGCAUGUACAGAAAUAUUUAAUGAAACACGAAGUGCCACCAAAUCUAUUUGAGCCGUAUAUUGAAGAAAUAUUCCAACAUCUCAGAGGAGAGCCUUUUAAACUAUUCUUAGAAAGUGACAAAUACACAAGGUUUUGUCAAUGGAAAAACUUAGAAUUAAACAUACAAUUAACGAUGAACGACUUCAGCGUACAUCGCAUCAUCGGACGAGGUGGUUUUGGUGAAGUGUACGGCUGUCGGAAGGCGGAUACCGGCAAGAUGUACGCGAUGAAGUGCCUCGACAAGAAACGCAUCAAGAUGAAGCAGGGCGAGACGCUCGCGCUCAACGAACGGAUUAUGCUCUCACUAGUCAGUACCGGGGUGGACUGCCCCUUCAUCGUAUGCAUGACGUACGCAUUCCACACGCCGGACAAACUGUGCUUCAUCCUGGACCUGAUGAACGGCGGCGAUCUCCACUACCACCUGUCGCAGCAUGGCGUCUUCAACGAGGCUGAGAUGAAGUUCUACGCGGCUGAAGUCAUCCUAGGUUUGGAGCACAUGCACAAGCGCCACAUAGUAUACAGAGACCUGAAGCCGGCGAACAUUCUGCUCGACGAGCACGGGCACGUGCGAAUAUCCGACCUGGGGCUCGCCUGCGACUUCUCCAAGAAGAAGCCACAUGCCAGCGUCGGCACCCACGGCUACAUGGCACCCGAAGUGCUGUCCAAAGGCACCGGCUACGACUCCUCGGCCGACUGGUUCAGCUUCGGCUGCAUGCUGUACAAACUGCUCAAGGGACACUCGCCGUUCCGCCAGCACAAGACUAAGGACAAGCACGAGAUCGACAGGAUGACUUUGACCAUGAACGUGGAGCUGCCGGAAUCGUUCAGUCCAAGCCUGAAGAGUCUGCUCGAGGGGCUGCUGCAGCGCGACAUCAACAAGCGGCUCGGCUGCAAGGGACGGGGCGCCGACGAAGUGAAAGAGCACGUGUUCUUCGCUGGCAUCGACUGGCAGCAGGUGUACCACCAGAAGUACACGCCGCCACUGAUCCCGCCGCGCGGGGAAGUGAACGCGGCAGACGCGUUCGACAUCGGCAGCUUCGACGAGGAGGAUACUAAAGGGAUCAAGUUGACCGAAGCUGAUCAGAUGCAAUACAAAGACUUCCCACUGGUCAUAUCCGAACGCUGGCAGUCGGAGGUGGCAGAGACAGUGUUCGAGACCAUCAACCAGGAGGCCGACAAGAUGGAGCAGAAGAAGAAGGCCAAGCAGAAACAGAAGUUUGACGCCGACGAAAAAGAAUCGGACUGCAUACUGCACGGCUACAUAAAGAAACUGGGCGGUCCGUUCGCCAGCGCCUGGCAGACGCGCUACGCGAAACUCUACCCCAACCGGCUGGAGCUGCAUCUUGAGAACAGCGCCAAGCCUGAGAUGAUACUCCUGGAUACCGUCGAAGAAGUGUCUUCUGACCUGGUGUCCAUCAAAGGAGAGCAGUGCAUCGUGCUGCGGACUAGAAACGACACCAAGAUCGUGCUCACUAACACGGACGAGAUCGGUCUAAAAGAGUGGGCGCUCUCCCUCCGCUCCGCUCACAAAUGCUCCCAAGAGCUGCUCGCUUCCAUGGCCAAGAAGGCCGGCAAGAUCUACGGCACCGACGGCGCCAAAGAAUCGCUAGCACUCGCGCGGCCGCCGCCCGCCGCUUCGCCGGCGCUCGCGCGGGCCCCGAAUGGGAGCAACUAGCACGAGCUGUCCGCGCCCAAUAAGGGCGCGAAGAUGUUCCGGCGUUCCAAGAGCGCCGCCCAGCUCAUCAAGUGAGUGAGUUAGGGUGCGUAAAUGAGGUCUAUGCAUAGUUGGUUUGGCGAGAAUCGAUUGGAGAAACUUUCAGUUGGGUCUUUUUGAUUGUGGGCCGAUUUAAGUAAACUUCAAUUUAAGCAAACUACCUUUAACUGCACUAUUCGAACGUCAUGAUAGUAAAUAACUAUUACCGCGAAUCUGACGUCUGAAAAGUAUUUGAAUCAGCCAAUAAACGAAAAGACACAAUUGAAAGAACUAGUUCUUUUUCACCAAAAAAUUUGCGCUAUAGUAGAUCUUAGUAUGGAGCGCGUCGUUCGAUUUGCGAACUGUGAUGUAAAAUCACGAAAUUUUAAAUUAUAUCUCUUAAAUUCUUAGAGGUGUUUGAAAAGAAACCUUAUCGUUUUAGCAUGGACUAGUUAGUACAAAUUUAAAAAUUAUGCAUAUACCCUGUUUACUCGGAUACAUCUAUAUUCUCGGACAGAGAAGUGACCUUUGACGAUGGUAACUCGAUACUGAAAGGGCGCAUCAAGGCACAUUUUCAGUGAGCUAAUGGAAAUCGGAAUCAAACUUUGUGUGCGGCAUUGCUUGAAGUGACGCAGGACGGAUAAACAGUGAUGGUAAUGGAUAGCCUAUUGAAAAUGAACCUUAAAGUGCGUUGUCUGAAAGUCGAGUAUGGCUCGCUGACGAUUCAGCGCUUGCCGUGAGUGACGGAGGCGUGGCUUGAGCCCCUCGCGUAGUGAAGUGCUCCCGCGGCCCGCUAUAGCUCUAAGAACCAUAGUGACUUUUAGGACUGCCAAUUAUUAAUAAACGAAUGCUGCUCGCAUUUUAUUGUUGUACGAAUUAAUGUGAUAGUACCGAUCAAAUUAAAAUGUAUAAAUAUUUCAUUUACCUACAGUGAUCUUUCGAUUGUGGAUAAUAAACUUUUGUAAUCAUUUGCACCGAUUGACUUUUGUAAUUAUCGAUGUGAAUGUUCUGGAUGUUGUAUUUAACUUCGUAGUAGGUAUUGUAAAAAUAAUAACUUAUAAAUCGAGUAGAUAAGUAUAGCGAUUACCUUUAUGUGUUUGUGCAAUAGAUCAAAAAUAUUAUAGAAAUAAAAUAAAAAUUGUAACUAACGGUGGAACUGGUUAUCGGAAAUUAGAAUGUCUUGAAGAUUUUGACAAAUUGAAUUGUUCGUUGUGCGUAUAUUUAUAGAAGCUUCAAUUUAAUCGAUUUAUAUUGUAAUUAGAAACUCUAGCACUUUGGUUACACCUCCAACUAUUGCACACAAAUUAUAAUAUUGUAUCACAUUUGUUUUGUGUUGUCUCUGGUUGCUCUCUCGUGCAAUUAUGGUAAAAUGUUAAAAUGGUUCCUUUUAUUCAAUAUCUGGAACAAAAUGUAAUGAAUGUUAUUUAUUAAACGGUACUUAAAUUAUAUAUUAUCACACAUUUUGUGUUCUAAACUGACUAUUGCAAUAACUUUCAUUGUUAUUUAUAAAUAGAGACAAAAUGUAAGUAGAUCUUAUAAAAAAUCUCUUUCAUAUAAUACUUAGAGGCAAUACUUUUCUAACAACAUUUAGGUGUGGUGAUUAAUAUAACAAUAGUUGUAAAGCCAAUAUUUAGAUAAAUUUUAAAGCAUGUUCAAUGUCCAUGAAUUUAUGUGGGAUUUUGUUCUAAUAUUUAUUCCAUAGACAAUUUAUUAUGGCAUGGCCAGAAUGACUUUUUGUAUGUUGUGUACGUUUAUAUGUAAACCAAUGCAAAUUCGUUUGAAAAGAACUUUCACUGUGUCUGAUGCAGAUUUAGUUUCAUCAUAUUUUACAUUACGACUGUUUCUUUUGUUGCCAUAUGAUUUUAAAGCAUAUUUUUAUUUUAACACUGUCGGUGAUCUACUCAUUUAAAAGAACUUGAAAGAUGGGAUAUCAUGCCGUGAUGAAAGCAAAGCAAUAUGAAACUUAUCGAUAAAGGUAACAGGGUGAGCCGGCGUUAUGGAUGUAACAUGUUCGCGUGUAUAUAGAAAUACAUACUUUACUCUCAUAGAUUACUUUGGCGACCUUUUGAGCGUAGUAUAGUUUGACGCAAUAGAUUAGACAUUAUGUAUAAAUAUAAUUAUCGAUAUCGGAUAUUACGUCAUCAUUAGCAGAAUAAUAAUAUGAUGCCUAAAUUAGAUUGUAACGGCAUUGGUUUGCUGCUCUGACAAAUGUAAUUACGAAUUUAAGUUACGAUUUUUUAGAAUAUUUUCAUAUUCCUAGUUGAUGCAGUAUAGCUAUAUGUAAUAUCUGUAAUGACAUUAUUGGUACUUGUCAUGAUAACUAUUAGAUGCUAGUCAAUUGAAUUUUACUGCACUAAAGUCAUUGAUUUUAAUGAAAUUAAUUAAAAUUGUAAUGUAAUAGUUUGAGCAGUAUUAUAGGUUAGUUGUUUAUUUCUUGAUGAAAUCAUUCUAUCUAUUGUGAUAUAUCUUUAAAUGCGUAGUCGCAUCAGGUUAGUAACAUUCUCUGUAUGGAGGGAAUUAAUGUGAUUGUGUACUUAGAACUAUUCAAUAACCCAUGGGUGACAGUUUUUCCAAUUUAUUAUAAUACAAUAAUUAGGGUUAAUAGUUCAAUUUACAAAUACCUGCUGUUUUACGCAAAUAACAAGUAUCUGUAGAUUGCACUAGAACACGUCAAAAGUUGAUUGAGUAGCAUUUGAAUAAUGUUUUUGUAUUGUAUUUGACAAUCAUAGUAGUUGGAAAUAUUCAACAUUCCGGAAUGCCAAAUUAGCUUACUAUAGUGGGUAAUUUAAUGCAUUUAAGAGAUUUUUAAUUUAUUUAUGUAAACUCAUACAUCCAUAUUAUAACCAGCACGUGUAGUGUGGAUUAUUUUAAAUUUCGAAGGCUAAUUUUUAAUAAAACCUAGGUCCGAAGCGCACCAGGCUAGAUCUGCAUCAGACAAUGUUACAAUACCUCCUUUAGGAAAUAUUUUUAUUGUGAACCUACAUUAUGUGUAGUAAAUUGUUUAUUUAAUCA